CUGCGGCUGCGCUGCUCGCAAAAGGUCAGGCGCCGUGGGGCUGGCGACUUCCGUACUUCCGCUUUCCGGCCCAGCCAGCGCCCGCGAUGACUGCCACUCUCCGCCCCUACCUGAGUGCCGUGCGGGCCACACUGCAGGCUGCCCUCUGCCUGGAGAAUUUCUCCUCUCAGGUUGUGGAAAGACACAACAAGCCGGAAGUGGAAGUCAGGAGUAGCAAAGAGCUCCUAUUACAGCCUGUUACCAUCAGCAGGAAUGAGAAGGAAAAGGUUCUCAUUGAGGGCUCAAUCAAUUCUGUUCGGGUCAGCAUCGCGGUGAAACAGGCUGAUGAGAUUGAGAAGAUUUUAUGUCAUAAGUUCAUGCGCUUUAUGAUGAUGCGAGCAGAAAACUUCUUCAUCCUUCGAAGGAAACCAGUAGAGGGUUAUGACAUCAGUUUUCUCAUCACCAACUUCCACACAGAGCAGAUGUACAAACACAAGUUGGUGGACUUUGUGAUCCACUUCAUGGAGGAGAUCGACAAGGAGAUCAGUGAGAUGAAGCUAUCAGUCAACGCCCGUGCGCGCAUCGUGGCUGAGGAGUUCCUCAAGAAUUUUUAAACCAUCUGGCCGGAUGUCGUGGCCUCCCCCUCCGCCUCCCUAUGUGUGUCUGCGUGUUUCUGCGAAGGCGACCUGGAGUCACAUCCUGGAGCAGUGGCAGCGGCGGCGGCACCGGCGGCGGCGGGGAGUCUGGUUGGGUGGGCACAGAUCGGGAGGGGGUGGUGUGCUUGCUAGCUGGGCAAGAAAGCAGCAGUGGACCUUUCCCCGGGCCACACGUGCCUGGUCAGGCUGGCUUCUGAUGUUUAGUCCCCUGGGCUGGGACAGAUUUUUUUUUUUUUAAUGUCCUGAAACUUAAAACUCUGUGCUUGUAGGAGACCCUAACCUUUUUGUCUCUCUCUGUCUCUUUUUUUUUAAACCAUCUCCACCUCCAGUGGCUGUGACUGGUCCCAGUGAUUGUACCUUACUGGUCGCUGUGGGUCUAGGCGGGCCUGGAGCCAGAAGGCGACUUGUUUUUUUCUCCCUGUGUCACCCCAGGUGGGGAGAGAGGGAGGCCUCAGACUCCAGUCUCUCUCCCUUGCUCUCUUAUCCCGAAGCCUCCUUGGGCCCAGGAGAGGGACCCUUUGCCAGUUCCUGGGCUUUGCCUGAAGAUGAUCACCCAGCACUGGUUGGGGACAAGGGCUGAAUCCAUGAUUACCAGCCAUGCCUAGGAGCUGGGGCCUUGCAGCUUGUCUGUCAGUGCAGUGCCUGUGCUGGAGGUGGAGAGGUGAGCCCUCCAGAGCUCCCAGCGGCUCUCCAGCCCACUCUGGCUCCUCUGCUCCCACGCGCGCUAUCUCUCUUCUGAGUCUCGUGGAUCCUCCCUCCCCUAAUUAAAGUUUCUUCAUGCCCCUUUGGGGCCGCAUGA